AUGCUGACCAGGCCCCCCUUCCAGUGGUGGUCGCUCCUGCUGGCGUCCUGGCUGGCUGCUGCGUGUGCGCAGGCCAAUGUCACGCUGUUGUCUACCGCGUCGGAAAUCGUCUACAGCCCACCAUCGUGCAAUAACAGCCAGGCCGCGGCAUGUGCGGGUGCAUGGCAGGUGAUACCCUCCCCUGAUACCGCCGGCGCGUAUAUCACCUCGACGAACGGACCGACCGUCGGCAGCGGUGACCUCAUCCCACAGUUGUUUCUCAAUUUCCAAGGCACUGGCUUGGAUAUCCGCACGUCGACGCUCUCUACCGCGACCGUCAAUGUCACGUUGUCUACGCAGGAUCCCACAAUAUCCAUCACGAGAGAGGUAGACAGCGCAGCCGGCUUGAUCACUGUCAUUGGCCUACCAGAGGACUUGGUCACGACACUAAGCCUUACCACGAAUCCGUUCCCCUCAACUACAUUACCGCCGUCCACAGUCAUCCCUUCGUUCGCACCGACCAUUACUAUUGUCCCAGUAAUCGAGGAAAGCCAAAAGCAGACGCCCGCCGAUAUCGUGGCUGAAGUCCUUGGCGCAAUCCUAGGUGUGACGCUGGGAGCAUUAGGAUAUGCUGCUGUUCAAUUCUAUCUGAGGCUGCGACGACGGCGACGGACACAGACACAGACACCCGCAUGA